AGGAAGUGUGCAACACCCUCGGGAGUACCCAUUCCUGGCUGCCGCGGGGACAGUGGGGUUUUCGCGAAGAGUCUGCCUGGAGCGGGCCUGAGACUUUGGGUCUCCGGUGACGGGCGGAGGGAGCUGCAGGCUCUGGAUCUGCUUGUUUCGGCGGCAGACGGAGCGGGCUGACCUUGGCCGCUGCUCUUACUGACCUUGGCCCAGGGUCAGAGCCGAUGGCGGCUUGGGCCACCUUCAGCCUGAACCGGGCCGCUGCCCCAUGCUUGCGGGCGCGAGGCCUUGGGGUCCAGGUCCCCCGGGCCUCCCAGCCUGAGCCCCCGGACUGUAGCCCCGCUGGGGGUCGGACGCUGCACCUCACCGCGGCUGUCCCCGCUGGGCACAACAAGUGGUCCAAAGUCCGUCACAUCAAGGGUCCUAAGGACACCGAAAGGAGUCGCAUCUUUUCUAAGCUCAGUUUGAGCAUUCGCCUAGCGAUUAAAGAAGGAGGUCCCAACCCUGAGCUCAACAGCAGUCUGGCCAGCAUCUUAGAGGUGUGUCGCAGCAAGCACAUGCCCAAGUCAACAAUUGAGGGAGCGCUGAAAAUGGAGAAAACCAAGGACAUUUAUUUGUUGUAUGAGGGCCGAGGCCCUGGUGGCUCUUCUCUUCUCAUUGAGGCUUUAUCUAACAGUGGCUCCAAGUGCCAGUCGGACAUCAGACGUAUCCUGAAUAAGAAUGGGGGAAUGAUGGCUGAAGGAGCUCGCCACUCCUUUGACAAAAAGGGGGUGAUUGUGGUUGGAGUGGAGGACAGAGAGAAGAAAGCUGUGAACCUAGAGCGUGCCCUGGAGCUGGCAAUCGAAGCAGGAGCUGAGGAUGUCAAGGAAACUGAAGAUGAAGAGGAAAAUAACAUUUUUAAAUUUAUUUGCGAUGCUUCUUUACUGCAUCAAGUGAGGAAGAAGCUGGACUCCCUGGGCCUGUGUUCUGUGUCCUGUGCGCUAGAGUUCAUCCCCAACACAAAGGUGCGACUGGCUGACCCUGACCUGGAACAGGCUGCCCAGCUCAUCCAGGCUCUUGGCAACCAUGAUGACGUGAUCCACGUCUAUGACAACAUUGAGUAACCUGGGUGCACAUGCCCUCAAGCUCCUUCCCAGGCAACUGGCAGCCUACUCUGGAUCACAAACUUCUGCAGCGUCCUCUGAGACUCAGGCAGGUUGGUUGGGGUGGCGGGAGUCUAACAGGUUAGGAGGCAUAAGACCUGCAGCUCUGUGGUCAAGGAAAUCCCUGCACUUCCGUGAGGCCUCUUAGCUCUGCGGGUGUCUCAGAACCCUCCUGGAUGAGUCCGUCCCCAUUCUUUUGGAUGCAGGAUGUGGCCAGUAGUUAGUCAGACUCCGAUCUCAGGAAGUUGGCCCUUGUGGGGAUGGUAGGUGCCCCGAGGGCCCAUGUACUAGAAACUGCUCUUAAAUAAUAACAGUGAUUGACCGGGGUUGCUGCUCCGCUGCUGGAUGGCUCUUGAGUUUUCUUGGGUUUGUGUCCAGUUGUUGGGACCCUCUUGACUUUCUUUCAAGUCUAUAGGCUUAGUUCCACUAUUCCAAUCCCAAGACGUUUUUGGUAAGCCUUAGAAAUGAGCUCUCUCUUGCUACUUUGUGCUCUAGUGCUGGUCUAAUGGUCUAAACCUGUCACUCAUUCACACAAUUAAUAAUUAUCAAACACCUAUUAUGUACCAGGGACUGUACUUAAGAAGAGUACAAGCUGUUCAGUUGAUGCCCUGUGUUAGAUCCUGCUCUAAGACACAGAACCUCACAGGGAAGACACAGGAUUGCACUCUACUGGAGCUGUGCCAGGGCAGUGUGAGCUGCUGUGCAUGUAUCCUUGUCCUCUUCGUGGAGCCUCUCUGCCCUGCCAGAGAGUAAGGCCCAAGCCCACUAGGAAAUCAAAUGCCAAUGAUAAGGGACUCUCAGGCCCUGCUUUGCCUGAGUCACUGUGUGUUCUGAGACUGGUCAGAGUGGACCUGUCAGUGGGGUGCACUCAGGAAAGGCCGUACCAAGCUGGUUUUGAAAGAUGCUUGAUCCCCAGAAUGCCCAACCCUAGCUCCUUUUCAUCCCUGAUGCCAGAUGGUGGGGCACUGGGGACUGGAGAGGAACUGAGAACAGAAGGAAGGGUGAAGGGCUGAGUCAGAAGCCUGGCCAGGUGGGAAAAAAGUAAGACCUUGUGUCUUUUGCUCCUAAGUGUUACUUCUGGGUUUAGAGAGACCAGGAGUGCCAACCACCUGUGCUGGAGCCCGUCAAGCAUGUCGGGCCUGGAGUGGCUUUUUGAUCCCUGUUAUUCACCUAUUUAUAAGUUGUUUAUGCCAGUUCUAAGCUCAGAGUAAUUUUCCUGAAUGUGCCUAAGGUAAAUUAGGAUAAAAACAACUAAAACCAAAUUGGCUAUAAAUGAUAAUUUCACCGUGUAGGAAAAACAGAUUACUAAUUUGAUGAUGACUGGAGGGUGAAGGCUAGGGGGAGGAAAACCAAUUAAAUAAUCCACUAUCGUGCCAAAGCAUAGGUUUUUAUGCCUCAUUUCAUAUCAGGAUAGAUACUAGGAGAUUCUUUAGUUUUUAUAGGAGAUUAUCUAAAUAUCUGAACAGCACAUCAUAAAAUAGGGCAACGUAAAGUUUAAAUGCCACUUCAUAGUUUAUAAGAUAGUUUCAUAUUUUAUUUAUUUGAUUUUUAAAACAAGUUCAAGUGCUUUAUGCACAGAUGAUCUCAUACCAAGCCGGUGAGAAAUACAUCUUGUAUUGAUAGACCUUGGUUUAUAAAAUAGCUCUGUUUUGUAAAUGUUCAAUAAAAAUUAACCUGAAGGAAUGUGA